AUGAGUCAUUAUUCAACUUUUCUUCGUCCAUAUCAUGGGAAAACUACAAAUUCAACUAAUAAUUCUUCGUCAUUAAAUGAUGAAAAUUCUACAAUAAAAAAUCUUAUAUUUAAACAUACAUCAAAAACACAACAAAUUUCAAUAAAUACAAAUGAUAAAAAAGGAACAAUGCGUGGAAUUCUUGGUGAAGUUGGUAAUAUGACAUUAUCGAAUAAACCAAUAAUUUCUAAACCAAAAACUAUUCAACAACAACAACAACAAAAAAAUUCUGUAGAAAUAAUUAUUGAAUCACAAUCAAAUAAUAAUAUACUAUCAUCAGCACUACCACCACCAACAACAGAAAUUGCUGUUAAUGAAAUAGAAGAAAUUAUUUUCGAUGAUAAUUUUCAAUUGUCAACAGAUAUACCAGCUGAAUUUGAUUGUGACAGUGGUGAUUUAAAUAAUAUAACGACUGUUUCAGAAUUAAUUGUUAAUAUUUGUAAAUAUUGGAAAGAACUUGAACAACAUACACCUAUUCGACAGAAUUUUUUACUUCAUCGUUCUGAAGGUACAGCUUCACCUCAAAAUCGAGCUGUACUUAUUGAUUGGCUUUAUCAAGUGCAUGAUCGUUUUAAACUUCUUUCGGAUACAUUUCAUAUGACAAUUCAUCUUAUUGAUCGUUAUUUACAAAUAAUUGAUGUAUCGAAACAUGAAUUACAACUUAUUGGAUCAACCGCUUUACUAUUAGCAUGUAAAUAUGAAGAAAUGGCAAUACCUGGUAUGAAUGAUUUUGUUUAUGUAUCUGAUAAUGCUUAUUCAAAAGAAGAUAUGAAAGAAAUGGAACGACGUAUGAUAACAACAUUAUCAUUUGAUCUUGGUCGUCCAUUAUCAAUAAAUUAUCUUCGUCGUUAUUCAAAAAUCAUUCAAGCAACUGAUAUAGAACAUACAUUAGGAAAAUAUCUUCUUGAUUUAACAUUUAUUGAUCAUUCAUUUUCACAUAUAUUACCAUCGUAUAUAUCAGCAUGUGCAUCAUUUCUUUCACGUUAUUUACUUGCAUAUAAACGUAUAACAUCAUUAACAUCAAUAUCAUUAUUAAUUGAAAAUUUAUGGCCAAAAAAAUUUAUGUUUUAUCAUACUGGUUAUAUAUAUGAACAACUUUAUCAAGGUAUUGAACAAUUAGGACAAUUACUUAUUGAACAAGAUAAAAUAAAAUUAAAAAGUGUACAAAAAAAAUUUUCUCAAAGUAAUAUGUUUUCAAUAGCACAAAAUAGUUGUUGUAAAAGUGCUUAUGUUCAAAUAGCAUUAUCAAAUUUAUUAAAAUAA